UGCUGUGCCUGUCGCACUAAAUGGGUUACAGAGUCGCAGUGUUUCACAUUCCAAUUACCAAAAAUGCCGGAGUGCCAAGCAAAAUUUUGCACUGUGGUCAGAGGAAAAGGAAUAUCUACCUUUAGCAUUCCUGACCCAAAAAAGAAUUAUGAACUUUGUGCAAAAUGGAUUCAUAACCUUGGGAAUGCAAAAUUAAAUCCAAAAACUUUUGUUUAUUCAAAUGAUAAAAUUGUAUGUGAACGGCAUUUUAAAGAAGAUUGUUUCAAAGAGGAUAUGAUGGCUAAGAUAAUGGGAUACACACCAAAGAGAAAGCAAUUAAAAGAGGAUGCAGUACCUACAGUGUUUGAUGACAGCAAGCCCGAGAAAAUAAGAAAAACAAGCUUAAAAAGAUCUGAGAAAAGGGACAAACAAGAGCUAAUCAGAAGUCUUGUGAAAACGAAUAAAGACACAAGUGCAAAGCCUGAUGACCAACCUGGUCCAUCAACAGCGAAUAAAACAGAUGUACCAAUAAAUCAAAGAAAGAGAAGAUCAGCAGGAAAAGUGAAAUCUUCAAAAAAGAUAAAGGUGAAUACUGAGUGUAAUACAUAUCCCUUCAUGGAAUUUGUAAAUUUAGUACAAUAUGAACAUGAUGAAUCAAUAAUCAAUUUUCUUUAUAUUUAGCUCAAUGAAGAAAUGAAAAAUAAGGAAACUUCAACUAUUCCUAUCCAAUCAGAAGAUAAAUCAACUUCAUGCAAUAUACAAAUAGAAAUGCCCAGUCAUUGUCCAACAUGCAUCCUAAGGAGCAAUCCGAUGAUUUCAAUAUCAGAUCAUGUUUAUUCCAAAGUGCCAAGUGAACCGGACCCACCUCUUAC